AUGGACGCCAAGGGACUCCACCGGUUUUCCCACUUUUCCUGUCGGACCCAGCAAGUCGUCACCUCGUCCACCUGGGAGGGUUUGCUCAUCGAGCAGUCCACCCUGUCUGCUGAUACGAAAGGGUCAGAGCGGGAUACGUGGUGGGUUGACAUCUGCGACGCCACUGAGGAGGAGACGACUUUUAAGAGUUCUCGAAGCCUCAAGCCAUCAUCGUCCAUCCCCGGCUCCGCGGGUUUCUACAUACUGGUGUUCAAGAACGCCACGGUGACCUUUUCUCCCAGUGGAUGUCACCACAUCGCCCGAGUCCGGGACCGGAUCCGUCGGACUCAGGACACACAUCUGGUGUCGAGUGAUUGGAUCUGCUACGCUCUUAUUGACGAAAUUAUCGAUGAUUUCGAACCGUACAUGCGCGCAGCAGAACGUGAAGCCGAUGCGAUCGAAGAUCAAGUGUUCAUCGCCCGCGUCGACGACGUCAAGGCGCUCAUUCCUCAACUUGAUAGCCUCCGCAAGAGUAUCACUCAGCUCAUCCGCUGCCUGACCGGCAAGUACGACGUCUUAAGUGGCUUCGUCAAGCGUUGUCAGGCAAAAGACAGAAACCCAAUGUUCCCGGACGGCGAUCUCUUGGUGUACCUGGGCGACGUACAAGACCAUCUCGUGACCACAUUGACCAGUUUGUCCCAUUUCGAUGAAAUUGUGGGCCGGUCGCAGUCGAACUUCCUGGCCCAGCUGAGCGUCAACAACAUCCGGUUGAGUUACGACGUGAAUGCAGUCUUGAGUAAGGUGACUAUCCUGGCGACAAUCUUCGUACCCUUGCACAUGGUUACUGGGUUGUUUGGUAUGAACGUCGAGGUGCCUGGACAGAAUGUGGAUAACCUGGGAUGGUUUUUUGGUAUCAUAGGGUGGGCAGCGAUAGACGAGGAGAGCCUCUGGGAAAUGAACGCCGGCGGGGGCGGGCUGGCCAUUGGGGAGGCCUUGGAAUGGAGGUCCGGUGCACCCGCUAAACUGGGUGUAGGAAAGCUGUCCCGCGAAACAGCCAGGAAACGCGGACGGGAUGUCAUGGUGAUCCACUAA